AUGCACAACACCCUUUUUAAACGCUGGGACUUAUUCGAGAAGAACAUCGACUACAGCAAAGACGAGAAAAAGAAACAGUUCGGACAGAGCCAGCUCUCUGGAGUGGGUCAGAUUCUCGAGGAUCUCCGCAUGCAGCAUCGGCCAUCACCGAAAGAGCACAUCGUUCUUGAUGGCCUUGGCUUACGCUAUCGAGAUCCUUUCAAAUUCCCGAUUAGCCGUAUGCAUGAAGUGCAGACCAAGUUGAUCGCACGUGACGGAGAGGAGCUUCCGGAAAUGGAAAUGCCUGCUGAUAUUCGUGUAGCGAGAAAGAUGAUUCGCCAGAAGAUGAUCCGAUGCAAGAAGUGCAAAACUCGUUUCCUUGAGAAGAAUCUCUAUAAGCGACAUCUUCGAGACAAACAUCCCAAGCUCUACGAUUUGUUCAUCGAGCAGCAGAGUGAAGAAUGUGAAGCUCAAAAACAGGCAGAAAGGGAUCACCAACUUUUUGAUGAGAUGAAAACUGGGUCAUUCAUUCCACCAGAAGAUGCUGUUGUCGAGUUGCUUGGCAACCCUAAUUAUAUUCCGCUUCCGGGAGAGGGGAAACCAAAGCCAUGGGAGAACACUCUGCAAAAUAGAAUCAGACAAUUGAAGCGACCUAGUAUCAAGAAGGUGUCACCACAGUCCCCAUUUUGUGACAUGCGUUUCAGAUAUGAGAUUUCGUUAAAGAGACAUUUUGUGAAGAAGCAUCCUGUUAUUGGAGACUUCAAACGAUGUCUGAAAUGUUUCACUACCUAUGUCUGUUUUGACUGCACUCCUGUUAAAAACAUGGUCACCGAACAACGCCUCUUCAAACAUCGUAGCAAAUUCCAUCGUGGUGCGAAUUCAGGAUUCUCCUGCAAAGAAUGCCUAAAACGAUUUUUGACACCACGAAAACUUCGGAAGCAUAUGAAAAUGUCUCAUGUCUUCACAACCACAUAUCAGUGUCAUUUUUGCGAUGAGCUUUUCAUUAAUGAAACUGCGCGUUAUACCCACGAGAGAAUUCACACGGGAAUUAUCAAGUUCGAAUGUCAAAUCUGCGAUUAUCGUGCUAAUAGAUAUAGUGACAUGGAGCGUACAUCGAGUCUCCUCGCUUGUGGAUGCUCUUCAAAGGCGAGUGAUACGUCACCACAGCUGCUUCCUUUUUCGGAAAUAGCCGAUGCUCCUACCACGCCUUCCCUUUGCUCCCCUUUGCUCUUCCAUGCUCUUCAAUUUCAUUUUAUUAGAUAA